AUGAACCACUUAUCCUUCAGCGAGCUUUGUUGCCUCUUCUGCUGCCCGCCUUGCCCCAGUAAGAUCACGGCCAAGCUGGCCUUCCUCCCCCCAGAGCCUACCUACAGUCUGAUGUGCGACGAGAGCGGCAGCCGCUGGACGCUGCACUUGUCCGAUCGUGCCGACUGGCAGUACUCAUCUCGUGAGAAGGAAGCCAUCGAGUGUUUUAUGACGCGCACCUCCAGGGGCAACCGCAUCGCUUGCAUGUUUGUCCGCUGCUCGCCCAGCGCCCGCUACACGCUGUUGUUCUCCCACGGGAACGCGGUGGACUUAGGCCAGAUGAGCAGCUUCUACAUUGGUCUGGGUUCCCGGAUCAACUGCAACGUCUUCUCAUACGACUACUCCGGUUACGGCGCCAGUUCCGGGAAACCCUCCGAGAAGAAUCUGUACGCUGAUGUGGACGCCGCCUGGCAGGCGCUCCGCUCCCGGUAUGGCAUCCGUCCAGAAAGCGUGAUUGUGUACGGCCAGAGUAUUGGUACGGUGCCUUCUGUGGACCUGGCCUCUCGCUACGAGAGCGCCGCAGUGAUCCUGCACUCCCCACUCACCUCCGGUAUGAGGGUGGCCUUCCCUGACACCAAGAAGACUUACUGCUUUGACGCCUUUCCCAACAUCGACAAGAUUGCCAAAGUGACUUCGCCGGUGCUGGUGAUCCAUGGCACGGAUGAUGAGGUCAUCGACUUCUCCCACGGACUGGCACUGUACGAGCGCUGCCAGCGCCCCGUAGAGCCGCUGUGGGUGGAAGGAGCAGGACACAACGACGUGGAACUCUACGGACAGUACCUAGAGAGACUCAAGCAGUUCGUCGCGCACGAGCUGGUGAACUUGUAG